CUCAUUUUAGAACCGGAGAGAUGGCGCCAACAAAACAAACAACGGCGUCAACUCGCCCAGCGCCGGCAAUUACAGGCUUCUCCCUCCCUCUACCAUACCGUCUUUUUUUCCUGCUCAUUGAGCCUGUUGCGACGCUCCUUGGAGCAUACUCGGCCUUUUUCCAGCAAUCGACAUACCUCAACCUAACCCAUGCUCCGUCUGCACCCUCGCCCAUCCCUCUGGGGACGUCGAUUGCCAUGUCGCAGCUUGCCAAUCUUUACUUCGCCUUUGCCCUCACCGAAGCGCUAGUCUUGCGAUCGACAUCUGAUUUGCGCGUCUGGAGGACUGUGCUCUUCUGCUUGCUUGUCGCGGACUUCGGCCACCUCUAUACCGUCAGCGCUCUAGGUCCCAAAAUUUACUGGAACGUGUUCGAGUGGAACGCCAUUGACUGGGGGAACAUUGGCUACGUCUACUUUGCCGCUUUGAUGAGGGUCGCUUUCCUGACCGGGGUCGGUUUUGUUGGAAAGGGCGAGAGACUGCGCAAAGCUGCUUAAACGGAUGGCCACGAAACGUUGAUGGCCCGAAACUCCUCGCAAAAUCGACGGCCUUAUCCAUGGGGCAGGCUGUGAGACUGAACCGCCUUCACCAGGCUACCAGCUGCGUAGCCAUUCUGGCCGGCUGCCGGUGGCGCCUGUCCAGUCUUGAGCCUUUAACCGCAACGCCAACGUUAAAUUUCCAGUUCUUGUUUCCCAGUUUGGGUGGGCCUUGUCUCUAACAGGAGGAUACUAAGCUCGUUUCCGCAGGGUCUUGGUCCAGCCGAAGCUUGCUAAGUAUCAAAUCUGCAAAGCACAUACUAAAAUACCUGCUUUUGACAGCAGUUUGCUUGAG